AAGUUCAGCCAAAAAGAACGGGCCUAGUUAUUUCUCUAGGCUGUCAAACUCUUCCUCGAGGACCUCGAGUUCCUCGGUGAGUUUCAGUGAGUUUCGGAACGCUAAAUCGAGGUCGGGGUCGGUCUCGGAGGAGAUCUCGGAUCGAGCGAUGUUUUUCUCUUCACGUUAAUUUAUAAAAACGAGCGACAUCCAAUUUUCUCUCCCCGUUGCACAAGCUACGCUCGUAACAGUUAAAAUGGCAUCGCUCGCUCGCGUCGGUGUUGCGAGGCUCGGAUACAAUAACGUUACAAGACAAUUAUGUAAGGUGACAGCUACCAGCAACGUAACGCAAACGGCCCUCAUUUCGCAAAAGGCGAAACGAGUGAAUCGACGACGAGUGGAGCCGUUCGACUACUUGCACAAGGAGUACGGCUUCUGGGCCCAGAUGUUCGAUCCGAUGGUCGACCGGUGCGACGAGAAUUCCAAGGUGAUCGUCGUCGAGGGCCCGAUCGCCGCGGGGAAGUCCAAGGUGGCCGCGAAACUGGCGGAGGAGUUCGAGAUGGCCUAUCUGCCGCCGCCGAACUUCGACGAGUUUUACAUAGACGAAAAUGGAUACGACCUGCGCACGCUGGACGACAGAUUGUCCCCGGGGUCGCAGUCGUGCGACGUGCAGAAGUUUCUGACGAAUCCGCAUCACAUCAACGUGCCCAUGUUUCAGUUUCACUACUUCCAAAUGAAGUACGACCAGUACAUCACCGCUCUGCUGCACCUGCUGUCGACCGGUCAGGGAAUAGUGCUCAAUCGUUCUAUAUACAGCGACUUCGUGUUCGCCCAGGCGAUGACGAACGCCGGUUACAUGCGUCCGGAGGCGCUCAAGUUUUACCACGAUAUCGUGAACGUCGCCAAGAUGCUGAUACUGAGGCCUCACUUGAUCGUUUAUUUGGACGUGCCUGUGGAUGCGGUCAAGGAAAAAAUUAAAAAACGAGGCAUCCCGUACGAAGUGAAUUCGAAAGUUUUCACCUCAGAGUAUCUCCAAGAUAUUGAAAAUAUAUACAAGUUGGACUACCUGAAAAAUAUUAUAACGCAUUCACACGUGCUGGUCUACGACUGGGCAAACGAGGGAGAUAUCACUACCAUAGUCGAGGAUAUCGAGCAAUUGAACUUCGAUUAUGAAAAGUCCGAAAAGAAAAUGGCUGACUGGAGAUUCGAGACCGUUUCGGAUCUUCGAGUUAAAAGGCGACUUUAUGAAAAUAGAUUUUUCCUACAUGUGGAUUAUUAUAGAAAUGAAUAUUCAGUGCCAGAACUGCACUACACACCUGAACAAGAUGAAGAAAGAGAUACAAUUUUACAAAUGGUACCCGGAUGUAAGUACGAUAAAGGAUUUAAUCCUGAGCUUGGAUUCAAAAACAUUUUGUGGAAGACACCGUCAAAUUUCAAAUUAAAGACCCUGAGACCCAAUGCACGCGAGGUAGACGUGGUAGUUGAAGAAAUGAAGAAGCUCAAGGCCGCCGCCUCGAAGCUCAAGGUCGCCGCGGCGAAGCAGUGAGAGCGAGAAAAUUGAUAUAUCUAGGAAAAACAUAGAGCUUGUAAACAAUAAGUGAAGUAAAAAUAAAUUUUACUUUUAAUCGGGAAA